CUCCAACUUACUGGAAGUGUAGAGCACAAACCUAAGUCGAUUUCUUUCAGUUCCGGCUGUAGACUGUUGCUGCUCUCAUAGGCUGCGUUGUUCAUCGCACAAUACUGUAAAUGCAUUUUCUAUUCAGGGAGGUUAUGGUUUCAAUUUUGAAGGCGUGUUUUUCACGACUUUGACAAGUUAUUGGAAGGCUGAAUCGAUUUGGAGGACAAUUCAAGGAACCACGAUGUGGGCGAAACUGAUGUUCAUUGCGUGGCAGCACUUUAUUUUUUCCUCAGCUAAUGACUCGACUGCGCACGAAACACAACGAACAGGUUUUUCAACAGACGUCAGUACAUUUCUAUCAGAAAAUUCACCCACCACUUUUACCUCCGCCACGCCUCUUGUCACAAGCUUGCAAAACACAAUGGCACACAGUACAAAAGUAGGUCGCAAUUCGGAAAACGGUACCGCGACACGUUCUAUAUCCUCUAUCUUCAAUCAAACAUUUUUACCAAAUACAAACCACUCAAACAAGACUGUGCCCCUCAACACUGCGGCGAUGAACCUCACUUUUGAAAACAACACAGAUCCUAAUGUCACAAUCGCGCCGAACACAAUAGCUCCCAAUGCAACUUGUAACAGUUCGGUAACAGUAACAAGUUACUCACCCACUGUAACAAAUAGUUCAGUAGAAGAAGAGAUUACAACUAAUACAACGGAUAGUCCGAUUGUAAAUAGUACGGCCCAGCCAGUUUCACUGCACUCUUUGACCAGCAAUACUUCUUUCACAAGCCAGGAGCCAACCUCCUUUACAACUAGCAUUGAAUACCGUAAGACCACCGCAAUUAAUGUCUCUACUACCACCUUUACACAUCCUGUUGUUUCUACCACCCUUGUAUCAUCUUCGAGCAUAACUCCUUUACUAAGCAAGAAUCAUUCAAAUACUAGCGCGGAAAGAGGAAAUACAUUUGCAGCUCCAAGCAAAACAGGGACCACAUUAAUUGCUGCAGUGUGUUUGGUUCUUGUUGCUGCUGCAUUAUUGGGAGUGGUGAUGUAUUUGAAGAAAAGAAGAGUAUUCUAUAGCCGACUACAGGAAGACAAUCCAAUUGAAUCUUGGAGCAAUUACAAUAACCCUGUGUAUGAGGAUCCAUGACAUUAAAUCAAGAAACCACUUGGCAAGAAAUUACAUGGAUCUUUAAAUAUAUUUCUUUUUGUUUAAAACUUUAAAAAAACACAAAAACGGUGAAAUUAAUCUCGGGUGUCAGCAAAGUCAACAGUAAACAGUUUGUAUCCAUGCCAUUUUUCAUUUGUUCUGUUGCUUAUUUUGCAUCUCUGCCAAAGAUCAAAAUUACCCAUUGGUACUUCGUAUUUGUAAUUUCUUUAUAGGAAUGAAUUUCAGUGUUUGUCACAAUGUUUGAGUCAAUGGCAUCAAGUAUAUAUGAUAAAAAUAUUAAAUUACAGUGUCAAGGCCUCAAAUACAGCCUGAGUUAACACUCCAUAAAUUGAUCUUGCUUGCUUAUAUUUAGAAAUUAUAGAAUCCAUUCUCUCCAAAUUUGCCAAAGCAGGAUAUUAGCUCAAUGUUGUUGAAAUGCACUUUAUUUUCUGCUAAUGCAGAUUAUUUUGAAGUGCCAUGAUGAAGCUUUUUUUUAACCUACCCAGAGUGGCUAUUGUACAUAUGGACAGUAAAUUUGCCUCAGUACAAACCAAUGUAUGAGGAACAGCUCCUAUUACUUGGAGGAAUAUGAUAUUUCAAUGAAUUAAUAGUCUUCAACUUUGUAAGUUAUACUCUGAGCUUUGAGGCCAUUGUCAAUGUGGUAAAGCAUGGUAUUUAUCCAAAAAGUUUCUUCAAAUAAGGGGACUUUUAUUUCAGGCAAACUUGCAGUUUACCAAUAUUUAGUUAUAACAACAAUCAGAUAACAUAUUUUUAGGUUGACCUAAAUGUGGAUUCAAAAUGAGUGUGAAGCUGCCUUUAACAUUAUUCCAGGAAAAUACCUCAGUAGGAAAGGAUCACUGUUAAAAAUUCAAACAGGAAUCUUGACAUAUGCCUUUUAACAAAAGAUUUAUACAGAAGAAUGAAGCAUAGCAAUGCAUUUUUUUCAAAUAUAUGCCAGACAAUCAUAACCUUCUUCAAAAGCAAGAGGCAGGCAAUCAGAAAUUAAAACUGAAAUUGCAAAUAAUACUCAGGAUUUAUAUACAGAGAAAUGAGGGAAGAGUUCAAGUCAAUUAUUUUCAUUAACCACUUUUGGAUUUCUUCUCUAAUGUACAGCAGGAAUUUGUGAGGUGUUUGGAUUGUGCAAAAUAACAAAUACAUUUAUUAUGUGUCAUUGAAUUCAAUACUCUGCUUUGGAUUUUAAAGAAUAUCUAAAUGUGUUGUGAAAUAAUAUGCUUAGUAAGUGAUGCAUUUUUGAGAUAUUUGUUUAAUAAACAUUCAGAUGUAAUAAAUUUUAUGUUCUCAACAUUUAGAUGUGAACGUGUUAUUACUGAUUGUCUUGAAUAUUACUGCUACUAUCCUUGGAUAAAGUUGAGAGUACUGGGUUCCAUUUUCUUUAAUAAAAUAAUAAAACCAUUUUGAAUAUUUUAUCUGUAACAACAUUGACUACAAUCACAGAUUCCAAAGUUUUCUUCACAUUCCUAUUACCAAAAAGUGGAAGCAUGAAGCUUAACAGUCAAACAUGUUAUAAUUGUUCAAUUCAGUCUUGACGCAUUUAAUGUCAGCUGGUAAAAUUUCAACAAAACCACAAUAAUAGAUUAUACGACGUUCAUCCUUUGUCCAUGAUAAUUUAUAUCUUGAUAUUUACCCAAUGUCCUACAAAAGUAUAGCUAUACUUAUCAAUAAUCAAUAACUGUUGUCUGGCAAUAUAUUUAUGAAUCUUAAAAUUAUGAAAAAAGGAUUCAGAAAUGUGCUCCCAUUAUUAACAUUAAAAUUAACUUUAUUUAUUGGAAAUAUUAUUGUUCAAUGUAUGUUUUUGAUUAAAAUAAAACAGGAAUUUCACACUUCACACCUUUCCCAAACUCACUUUUAACCUUAGAAAAAAUUCAGUUUGUCCAAGGCUCUGUUUACCUCUGUCCUCAGAGAAGCAUAAAGAAAAUUGACAAUGAUUCAUCCAUGGAAGAGAAGAGAAGGGGGAGAAAUUACUGGUAAUUGGAGAUAUCUACGUUCAUCCCAUCCGGUUGGAGGCAACCCAGAUGGAAUAUGAGGUGUUGCUCUUCCAGCCUGAGAGUGGCCUUAUCAUGGCCGUAGAGAAGGCUAUGGACUGACAGGUUAGAAGGAAUAUGGGGAGUAAAAUUAAAAUGGCUGGUCACUGGGAAACCCUCCCUGUUGCAGAUGGAGCAAAGGUGCUCGACAAAGAGGUCUUCCAAUCUACGUUGGGUCAGACCGAUACAGCGAUGGCUGCACAGGGAACAUCAGAUACAGUGGAUGACCCUGACAGACUUGCAAGUGAAGUGUUGCCUCACCUGGAAGGACUGCUUGGGGCCCAUAAAGGUGGUGAGUGAGGAGGUACGUGGUCAGGUGUAGCACUUGGAGGAAUAAGUGCCAGGGGGAGGAAUCACUGGGGAGGUGUGAAUAGACAAGGAAGUCAUGGGAAAGUGUUGUCUGCAGAAAGCAGAGAGCGGGGUGGGUGGUAGAGGUCUGUUUGGAAGUAGGAUUCCAUUGAAGGUGACGGAAGGCAUGGAGAAUGAUCUGUGGGGUGCAAGGUUAGGACAAGAACAGCCAUACUUUUGUUGAGGCAGCGAGAAGAUGGAUUUUGCCAAUGUCCAGGAAAUGGAGACGGGAGUGAGGACAACAUCAGUGGCAGAUGACGGAAAACCCCAUCCUCUGAAGAAGGACAACAUCACAUCACUUCAAUGCAGUACUUGAGUAGGUGGAAAUGUGAAUAGAGUUCACAUCUUAAAGACCAGGAAGUCUUUGGUAUCAGUUAUGAAGCUGCAUUGAAUAAAAACAAAACAGUCAAUUCCAUGAGGCCCCAAGGCACUCAGUAAGGUACUGGAAAUACUUAAUGACUUCAUACAACAUGGAACAGUACAGUACAGUACAGGAACAGGCACUCUUGAUGUCUGUACUGACCUUGAAUCCAGUCCAUCUACCUGCAAAUGAUCAAUUUCUCUCCAUUUCCUGCCUGUUCUUGUGUCUAUCUAGUUCCCCCUAAAUGUUACCAUCAAAAGAUUCAACGUAUGUGUGUGCAGUAUAGAACUCUGAUAUUCGUCUUCCCCUUUGAUAGCCCUGGGAUAAAGACCCUGGAACCCACUCAAAGGGAAACAUCACCCCCCCAUGAAUAAAAAAAUUGUGGAAAUGGCAACAAAAUAAAGAGUGAACUGCACAGAAUAUAAAACACCAGAUUGAAAGAGUCUAGGCAUGUUCAGUUCAGCUCAGUUCGUUAGCCACAGUCUGCCUCGAUCAAAAUCACCCAAAAUAGCCCCCAAAAAAGGAGCAACCAGACACACAUCAUAACGUGAACCACAGAGUCCAAUCUACAAACUGUGUCCAUUCAACCUUACCCAAGACCCACAAAUCCAGCACCACCCUCCCACAGCAUCGAAGGAGAGAGACGAUUCGAACGUGGGGGCCCUCCUCCGGCAGUGGCGAGCGAGAGGCUGGUUGACAGCACUGAACACUCACUCGCCCUCUGUACUUGCCUCAACGACUUCAAUCCUCCUUGGUGCUUUGAUUGGCAAGAUCGGCGGGGAAUGGAAUUGGUGAGGGGCUCAUGCCCCUCCUCCAGGGCUCUUGGCCACAAAAUUGACUUGAAGCCUCACGGAGACAGCAAAACACCAGAUCACUCAAUUAGCCCAAAAAACGUGCCACCAAAAUGUUGAUCACAGGCUCCAACAGUAUCAGAACCCCAUUUCUGACUGAUCAGAUUCAGAUCUAAUCCUACUACCAUUCUUCACAGUAUAUUUCAGGCACCCACCAAUCUGUUUUUUUCAAAAAUUAACUCCUUUAAACAUCCCUUAUCUCACCUUAAAGCUAUGCCCUCUAAAGGACCAUAAAGCCAUAAGACAUAGGAGCAGAAUUAAGCCAUCUGGCCUAUCGAACCUGCUCCAUCAUUUCGUCAUUGCUGCUCCAAUUUUCCUCUCAGCCCCAAUCUCCUGCCUUCUCCCCACUAUCCCUUCAUGCACUGACCAGUCAAGAAUCUAACAACCUCUGCCUUAAAAACACAUAAAGAUUCGGCCUCCACAGCUGCCCGUGAUAACAAAUUCCACAGAUCCACUACUCUCUGGCUAAAGAAAUUCCUCAGAUCCAUUCUAAAAGGAUGCCCCUCUAUUUUGAGGCUGUGCCCUCUAGUCUUAGCCUCUCCCACCACAGGAAACAUCCUCACCACAUCCACUCUAUCAAGGCCUUUCACCAUUUGAUAGGCUUCAAUGAGGUCAUUCCUCAUUAUUCUGAAUUACAGUGAAUACAGGCUCAGUGCCACCAAACGCUCUUCAUAUGACAAACCAUUCAAACCUGGAAUCAUUUUUGUGAAACUUCUUUGAACACUCUCCCGUUUCAGCAUAUCCUUUCUGAGAUAAUGGGUGCAAAACUGCUCACAAUAUCCAAGUGAGGCCUCAUCAGUGCUUUAGAAAUCCUCAACAUUACAUCCUUGCUCUUUAUUAUAGUCCUCUUGAAAUGGAUGCUAACAUUGCAUUUGCCUUCCUCACAAUGGACACAACCUACAAAUUAACCAUUAGGGAUAUCCUGCUCAAGCACUCCCAAGACCCUUUGCGCCUCAGCUUUUUGUACUUCCUCUCCUUUUAGAAAAUAAUCAAACCUUUAAUUUCUUCUACCAAAGUGCAUGACCAUACACUUCCUGACACUGUAGUCCAUCUGCCACUUCGCCCAUUCUCCUACUCUGUUUAAGUCUUUCUAUAGUUCAUUUCCUCAACACUACCUGUCCCUCCAACUAUCUUUGUAUCAUCUGCAGACAUUCCAUCAAUUCCAUCAACCAAAUCCUUAACAUAUAACAACACAAACCCCCUGUGGAACACUACUAGUCACUGGCAGCCAACCAGAAAAGGCUCUCUUUAUUCCCACUUUUUGCCUCCAGCCAGUCAGCCACUGCUUUAAAAGCUAGAAUCUUCCUCUUAAUACCAUGGACUCAUAGCUUGUUAAGCAGCUUCAUGUGUGGCACCUUGUCAAAGGUCUUCUGAAAAUCCAAAUAUACAACACUAACUGAUUCUCCUUUAUCUAUACUGCUUGUUAUUUCUUCAAAGAAUUUCAACAGAAUGUCAGGCGAGAUUUUCCCUUGAGGAAUCAAUGCUACCUUUGACCUAUUUUAACAAGUGCUUCCAAAUACCCUAAAACCAUAUCUUUAACAAUCAACUCCAACAUUUUCCCAACCAUUGAGGUCAGACUAACUGGCCUUAGUU